AUGUUCGAGCUUGUGCAAUAUGGCAAUAAGUCUCGUUUCACUGAUAUUUGCAAUGAGCCCGUAAAUCGUCUUUUAUCACCCAUAAAAGGCUAUCAAGAUAAGCCACUUGUUUCACUUACGGACGCUGUCGAACCAGUUUCAGAAUUCUUUAAUGAAAUUGAAGACAAUGUUUUUGUUGCAUUACAUAAUUGUCAAAAUCCAACUGAGGGGUUAACUCAACAAGAAUCAGCUUCUAUUCAUUUGUAUACAAUGCAAUUUGAUGGUGGACCAAGUUUAUAUCAAUUACUUAAUCAAUCAUUACGUGCUGAAAAUCGCGAAGAACUGAAACCAUGGUUCUCCUAUCUUAAAUUAUUCCUUACUGCACUAUAUAAAUUACCAUCACAAAGUGGAACAGUAUGGCGUGGUAUCCGAGAUGUUGAUUUAAAUUCAAAAUACAAAACUGGUACAAAAUUUGCCUGGUGGGGAGUAAGUUCUUGUACUACUCAUAUUGAAGUACUUGAAUCAAAUCAAUUUUUGGGUAAACAUGGAAAACGUACUCUCUUUUCAAUUGAAUGUAUUAAUGGAAAAUCUGUUGCUGUACAUUCAUACUUUAAAAAUACCGAAAAAGAAAUUAUUCUUAUGCCAGGUUCAUAUUUUGAAGUCUUGGGUCAAUUGAAUCCAGCACCUGAUCUUCAUAUUAUUCAAUUAAAAGAAAUUACACCACCGAUAACACUUAUUAAACCACCAUUUUUUAAAUCAAACGAGCAAAAGCCUUCGUCGGUCGUUCAUAAAUCAAGUACAAUUUCUCCCUCGACAUCUGUAAUAAUGACUCCAACGAAUCUUAUCAGUAGUGUUUCAAAUGAAAUCCCACCAAUAAUAUCAGCAAUCCCUAACAUUCCAGACAAUGCUCGAUGGAUACAGAAUGGGGUAACUGUUGCUGGAGGCCAUGAAGAUGGCUAUACCACUGAUCGACUUAACUCUCCGUGGGGUCUCUGUGUUGACGAUGAUGAUCAAACUGUGGUCAUUGCUGAUUCUUGGAAUCAUCGUAUCAUACAAUGGAAGAUAGGUGAUAGGAAUGGACGAGUGGUAGCUGGUGGUAAUGGUCCAGGAAAGCGAUUGGAUCAAUUGAAUCGCCCAACUGAUGUGUUGAUUGACAAAGAGACGAAUAGUCUCAUUAUCUGUGAAUACGGAAAUCGACGAGUCGUACGAUGGUCUCGUCUUAAUGGUUCAACUCAAGGAGAAAUUCUCAUCGACAAUAUCAAUUGUUGGGGAUUUGCCAUGAAUGAUCAGAAAUGUCUCUACAUCUCUGACGUCGAAAAUCAUGAAGUAAGACGAUAUGAAAUAGGAAAGACAACUGGCAGUGUUGUGGCUGGUGGUUAUGGCAAAGGUGAUGGUCUCAAUCAACUGUACUAUCCGACCUACAUCUUCGUCGAUCAACAGCAAGCUAUCUACAUUUCAGAUACCUUAAAUCACCGUGUGAUGAAAUGGAAUAAAGCUGAGACAGAAGGCAUUAUCGCCGCUGGGAGUUACGGUCCAGGAAAACUUGUCACACAAUUGUUCUGUCCUAGCGGACUGUUCGUCGAUACGUUGGGUACCCUCUAUGUGGCAGAUCGGGGAAACAAUCGAGUGAUGCGGUGGCCUCACGGAGCAAAGCAGGGUAGUGUCAUUGUUGGUGGAAACGGUCGAGGGCAAGGAGCGAAUCAGUUCAAUCGUCCUAGGGGUUUGUCCUUCGAUCGACAUGGCAACCUGUACAUAGCCGAUAAAAACAAUCAUCGUAUUCAACGAUUUUCUAUCCAACAGACUCAAAACGAUAGUUAA